CUGCAUAGUCCUAUUCACACCUCCAGACGUGAUAGCUUAUUUAAAGAUGAUCUUUACUUAACAGAUGUCACUACAGGGCUGCAGGAGAUAAGGAAAAUGCAUGCUGAUCGGCUCUCUUCGCAACCCAAACUCCAGCUGGAGGACGACAGGGAGUCUGGCAUCGGCUCCACCCUUGACCUUACCAGCGGCUUUGAGGGCCACGGCGUACAUACCAAUCAACACGCAGACACACCUUCACCAAAAGCAGCAGACAGAAUCCCCGGAGAGACAGAUAACCCUCCUCAGACCGCAGCAGGGAGUCCACACAGCAUCAAGCAGAUCCUUGUUAACAUAUCCAAGAUCCCUCUUCUCUUCAUCCUCCUCUUCCUCUUCGUUUGCUCCUUGGACACUCUGAGCUCUGCCUUCCAGUUAGCAGGGGGUAAAGUUGCCGGGGACAUUUUCCAAGACAAUGAGGUGCUGUCCAACCCUGUGGCCGGACUGGUGGUGGGGAUCCUGGCCACUGUGCUAGUUCAGAGCUCAUCAACCUCAACCUCCAUCAUAGUCAGUCUGGUGGCCUCCGGAUUGUUGGAGGUGAAGUCAGCUGUACCAGUCAUCAUGGGCUCCAAUAUUGGGACUUCUGUCACAAACACCAUCGUGGCCAUGAUGCAGGCUGCGGAGAGAAAUGAGUUUAAACGAGCCUUUGCUGGAGCCACAGUCCAUGACUGUUUCAACUGGCUGUCGGUUGUGGUUCUAUUACCCCUGGAGGUAGUGAGUGGGUUAAUGACCCACCUUUCUCAGCUGCUGGUAACCAGCUUCCGGCUCCGGCCUGGGGAAGAAGCUCCUGAGCUAUUAAAAGUCAUUACGGAGCCGGUCACAAAUCUCAUUAUACAGCUGGACAAAUGUGUGAUCACAGGGAUCGCCAUGGGACAUGAGGGCAUGAGGAACAGGAGCUUGGUGAAAACGUGGUGCCAGAUUGAUUUGUUCGGGUCUCCUGGUAAUGGGAGCAGUGACAACUGUGGCCACAGUAAUAACAUGUCUCUGUCUUCCCACGUCAGAUGUAGACAUCUGUUUGCAUCUGCAGAGCUCUCAGAUCUUGCAGUGGGCCUCAUUCUCCUCGCUGCCUCCCUGGUUGUCCUCUGCACAUGUCUGUUGCUUCUGGUCAAACUCCUCAACUCUCUUCUUCUGGGCAAAGUGGCAAAGGUCAUCCAUAAAGUCAUCAACACAGACUUUCCUUUUCCAUUUGGGUGGCUGGCAGGAUACAUUGCCAUGUUUGUGGGAGCUGGGAUAACAUUUGUGGUCCAGAGUAGUUCUGUCUUCACUUCAACCAUGACUCCCUUGGUCGGCGUCGGUGUUAUCAGUCUGGAGCGAGCAUAUCCUCUCACACUUGGCUCCAACAUUGGCACCACCGCCACAGCGCUGCUGGCAGCACUGGCCAGCCCUGGACACAAACUGGCAGCUGCCAUACAGAUUGCCUUGUGUCAUCUCUUCUUUAAUAUCUUUGGCAUUCUGCUAUGGUAUCCUCUUCCGUUUAUGCGUCUACCAAUAAGGAUGGCUCGGGUCCUUGGAGAGCGCACCGCCAAGUAUCGCUGGUUUGCGGUCUUGUAUCUCCUGGUCUGCUUCUUACUCCUACCAUCACUGGUGCUCGGCCUCUCGUUGGCUGGCUGGCGGGUCAUGGCUGGAGUCGGGGGUCCCUUCCUGGGUGUUACCCUCUUCAUUGCCAUGGUCAAUAUGCUGCAGGCCCACAGCCCCAAUCGUCUGCCCGCCAAGCUCCAGACCUGGGACUUCCUGCCCAGGUGGAUGCGCUCUCUGAAACCUCUUGACAGAGCGAUCACAAAAGCAGCCUCAUGCUGCAGCUUCACUUAUGAGGAGGGUCAAGAAGUAGAGGAGGAGCCCAUUUCAACCCAAAUCUCAGGCAGCAUGGAGGAAGAGUCAGUUCAAAGGAAAGAGCAGCUGGGUUACCACAACCCAGUCCUGGACUGCCUGGAUGAGAGCAGACCAGGGGUGCUGGUUCUUAAACUAAGAGGGUUAGAAAGGUGCAACAGCACUCCUCUGUAGAAGAACUGAUAAAAAAAAAGCUUUUUUAUACUCUCCGUAUCAACAUCGCUGCAGACCUGAGAGAAGUAUUUUCUUUACAAUUCCAAAAUUCUUUCAAAAAAGAUAAUUAAGUAGUUUUCCAUAUUCCAGAAACUCAGUGUGAGAAUCAGGUCAAAUUAAAGUUUUGAUUCUUACACACUGCCACAUAAGUCACCCAGUCUGAGUGUGUGGGUCUGGCCCACUGAAAGGAUACUGCCUGGUGGGGACCUGCAUUUUAAAGGGGCUGCAGUGAAAGAGAGCAUCGACAUUAAGGAAGGGUGCCAUGGAGGUUUUUUAUUUUAUUUAGCCUUACUUGUGAGCUUUUGAGAUUUUUUCACUCGAAACACGACCAAUCUCAGUCUGCCAUGUGAAUGUCUUUUAGUUGCAUUUCAACCAGAAACUGCUGGAGCUUUGCAUGAUUGCAUGAUUAUGGGUGAUUGAUAGCAGCCUCUAAGUAUUACACUGUGAAAAAAUGACAGUUACAAAGAUUAGUGAGAGAACAAUCUUCAUUAACAACCAUGUUUCAAGUUGCAUCUCAUAGCUCUUCCAGAUUAAAUGGUUUCAUUAACUCAGGAAGAACCAUUAAUAACCAUCCACGCAGACGGUCCCUCCAUGUGACACUGAUUUAAUUGUUUCCAUAUUGUUGUAUACCAAAAGGAACACAUCAGGAUUAGAGUCAGGAUUAGAGAAGCAAAGACAUGGAAUAUUUAAAGGCAGGAAAGAUGAAAAACCAAUUAUGCCCGAUUCAACAUAGCAAGUGAUUUUAAGAAAGUCUUCAGAGGGCUGAUGAAGCUGCUCCUUUUCAUUUUUAUGUAUCAAGAUGUCAUGAUACCGGGUUGCAACAGGACAGCAUAUCCAAUAUAAAUCUUUUAAAUUGAAUUUCAGAAUUGGAAAGUAAUCCUUCAAUCACGCUCAGUUUGAAGGGUCUGUCAUGUCUGUUUGUAUCUUAUUGAAUUUCA